AUGUCGAAGCAUUCCCUAUCUCCAGCACCUCUUCCUCCUUCCAAACGACAGCACGUUCAGGGACCAUCACAUUCCAACCACUCCUCCCGGUCGAACUUCGAUGCUCUCCUAUAUGAUGAGAUAGUGCUCGUGAUCUUUUCCUACCUCUCGUGGACAGACCUCUGUGCCAUUCAGUCCACGAACAGGAACUGGUCACGGCUCGCGCUAGACAAUCAGCUAUGGAAGGCUCUGUAUCUCGGUGAGUACGGCCGGACGAGACUCCGCGGUGUGCGUGGUUUCAUCGGCCGUGGGGAUGGGCGAGAGGUGCGCCCUCUCCCCGGCAGAGCCAAGUCCGAAGAGGUGAAAGACUGGAAGUGGAUGUUUCGGAUAAGCUCUAACUGGCGCACAGGUCGUUGCUCAGUCGAAGCCCUCGACACGGACGUGCAACAUUCUCUGUCGAGAGUAUCUGUGCCUCCGAGGGAACAGACACAUAUCCUGCUCGCGGGGAAUGUUACUAUUUUUGCGUCGUCUCAGACGUCGUCCGCACCUCCUAUCGUGCUGACAGCCCCAACGCACCAUACGCACACAAUGCAUUGCAGAUCCUCGGUUCAAACGCAAAUAACAGCACUCGCUCUCGAUCAAUCGCCUCCUCACUCCACACAACACAUUCGCCUACUGUCCUUCCUGUCAACCGGGGAGUUCUCACUGUUCUCCGUGGACCAUCGCACGCCGUCGCACUCCUCCCGGCUACUCACGUAUGUACCUGCUGCGAGGAGUGCUCGUACGUCACCCAUCAGCCAAGCGGUGUACCAUCACCCUCUACUCGUGACACUCUCGCAGUCAUUCCAUCUCUCUCUAUACGAUCUGUCGUCGAACAGUGUCUCACACAUGCAGACGCUUACGUCGUUCACGUCAUAUCCACCCAGUUCCCUCGUGUUGUCCACGCUCGUAUCAGGAGACUACAAGCUUGUUCUUGCAUACGCGAUUCCCGUUUUCCCUGCCCACUGGAGCGUCGGUGCCACGGAGCUCAUCAUCUCAAGUACAUCGCUCACUGUCGCGUCCACACGAACAGCGCGCGCGACUGAUGUGCCGCAAGGUUGGGUGGAUGAGUCUAAGCUUCAGGCGAUGCGCGAGCAAUGGAGUCGCAAGGUUGCGCGCGUAGCAGACACGCAGACCGACGGAAAGUGGGUCGUCCUCGCCCCGGCGGACCCCGCAGCGACUGCAUCUGUGACAACUGGAUCCUCGUUGCCCGCGAGCCCCUCCACCUACGCCUCGUCGGGCAUGCACAGUGCGAGCUCAUUGCAACUCUACCGUCUGUCUUUUCCUGCGUCAUUGUCGGCGACGGCUCUGCCAAAGUUGACGUUCGUGCGCACGCUGCACGGGCAGAUAGGGCCGGUAUCUGCUCUAGCACUCGCGGAUGGCCGCUGUGUUAGCCUCGGCGUGAAUGGGAGUAUCUGGGUGUGGGACCUAGAAGGAGGCACGGGCGCCGAAGUGUUCGGGAGCGCAGUCUGUACUGGCAAGGCUGAGGUUAGCGAGGAUAGGCUGAAACGACUGGACGCUAGGAAGACGGUGAAGGGUACCGUGGUGUUUGAUGAAAGGCGGAUUUUGAGUGCUGAUGGCGAUGGCGUGCAUGUGUGGAGGUUUGACGUCUGA